UUUCGACUCAAGGAGGCGGUGGUGGUGGUGGCUCAUUCGCUGCGGGUGGUGGUGGUGGUGGAACACAUAAUAUUAAUUCAAGUAGUUUUACUAGCGCUGGGCAAGAAAGAAGUAGUAUCAACAACACUGCUAAUAUGUUGCCAAGAAGUACUAGAAGUAGUAAAGUCGAAGAAACUGAAGAGGAGAAGAUGGCUAGGGCACGAAGGGAGCGACGGGAAAGGUUGAAAUCUGCAGUCAAGCUUGGUGCGGAUCGCCUUGUCGAUGGUCGUGGACAACUUUUUGCACAAAGUGUAAAAAAGAAAACGUCCAUAUUUGGCGCUAUUAGCGACCUGGUCCUAGGUGGAGGUACCCCUAGUAAGAGCGACGUCAAGGUUGCAACCUCUUCAGAAGAAGCUAACGCCGCGAACGACUACGAUGACAUUGCGGAUCCAGCAGAAGAGGGUGGUGCAGUAGUACGCGAGCGAAAGUCAACAGUGGUUUUAGGAGUAGGAGGAGCUGAACAUCAAGGGAAGAUGAAUAACAUGAAGAGGAAAACAACAACCAACAACUUGCGCCAAGCUGACAGUGACAAGAAUCUUAAUGCGAACGAGUUUGCUCGUGACUUCUUGGAAGUGAUGGAUCAUUGCUGCGAAUUAGAAGCUUACCUGAACACGUGGGAACGGCCAUCAUCUUCAAAUAGAAGAAGAGCAGGACAGGAGUCACAAGGUGUAACAAAAGAUGAGCUUAACUUUUCUUCCUCCUCUGACGACGACGACAACGAUGGAGACAACGGAUUUGGAUUAGCAAGAAAUCUGCGGUCUAGGAAAAGCGGCACUGCUCGUCCAGGAAAAAGCACAUCUUCAAGGAGACAAAGAUCAUCUUUCGUUCAAGGAGAAACAGCACCACUUCUACCGCCGCCUCCUCAACCUGACCCAUUUCGAGACGAGGCUAUGAAGCUGUUGCGAAGAGACGAAGCUGUUGCUGCUUCGCUCCGAAUGCCUCAUAAAGCACUUUUUGGAUCUUCUGGGACUACUAACGAUGGCAAUCAGUAUCAGGGAAGCAAUAGGGAAAAUAGGCGAAAUAGCGUUAGCAACGAUGAUUACGACAAUCCGGAUAACACCUCAUCUCGAUUAUCGCAACAGAGCGAGGGUGGGGACACGACGCGCGCAGCUGGUGUGUCUUCCCAGGAUUUGCAUCUCUAUCGUGAGAAACUAGCUGUUCAUACCAAAGAAAUUGCGAGACUUCUAGACGUAGCAGGACUGGACCAGGCGUUAUUCUCAAGAGUGCGUGCGAGGAAGCGGGAAGUAGCAAGGUGGGUCCAGGUUCCAGACUACGACCCAAAUACGGGGAUGUACAUGCCAUACUACCUGUACAAGGAUCGCAAGGAGAUCCGCUAUGCGGUGCCGGAUACGCCAUUCAUGAGACAAAACUUCUUAGAACAUGCCUUUGAGGUGCUAGAGGAGAAUCUACAACAUUUGGCAGAAAACGUAACUGAAAUAGCACUGGAGGUUGUCGAGGAGCCUCCGUCUAGUACACGGGCAGAACAAAAAGUAGACAAAGAUGCUGUGCUUCCCUCCCAUCUCGGCUCAGAAUCUUCUGAGAUGAAGAAAACCUUGGAGACAAACAACAUGAAAAACGGCGAAGCUACCAGCAAAAUCGUGCCUCGACAGAACGUGGAGCAAGGAGAAUUCGACAACAGAAACAAUGGGCCAAGAACAUCUUCAAGGCCUGUCAAGAAGCGGAAUUUGAUAGAUCGCCUUGGUGCUUGGCUUUCCGAGAAACGUGCUCUGUACGAAACACCCCACGUCAUUGCAGAGAUCGAAACUUUACAGGCGACUGCAACUGAAGCCAAUUUACUUCCGCAACGGUUAUUCAAUCGCGUGAUGAUUUCUUUACUAGUCAGUUGGGCAGUAGCUUUCGCAACCUUGACUUAUCAGGAAUGCCAAGCGUACGUAAAAUUUCUCCGACAGCCACCCUUUCAGCAUGCCGAUAGUGUGAUUCAAUUUAUCAACGACCCGGUGACGACGGCGCAAGCGGCUGCAGAAAACGGAGAUGGUGGAGCUGCUGGGCAGACAAGGAUCCAAUUAGGGGUUUCCGGUACGACGAUUGGCACAGCAGAGGGUGCGCCGGCAGUAAAUAGCGCUGGGGCUGCGGCCGCGACCACCGGUUUCGUGCAGAUCGAAGCUAGAACCGCUGACUAUCUACGAUCAGCAGGCACGACUGUGAGCAAUGUCCGAAUGGCUGCUUGGGGAUCGGAGAAGGAGAAUUUGGCUGGCGAAGUAGCAAGAAUUGCGUGUUCGCAAAAGUGUGGACGAAGUCGAGUAGUAGUAGCUACUGAAUAUGAUCUGUUGAAUUUCGGCGAUAGCUCGCAGUGUGCCCGCGAAAUGCAGAGCCUAAUCGUGCGUGAGAUCGAAGCCCAGAUUCAAAGCCCCAUCGAAACCGCAGCAUAUGGGGAUUACAGCUGGAACGGGGGGUCGUCGUUUGACUAUUAUAUUAAGGCUUAAAGCUUCUAUUUGUUGUAUCUACUUUUACGAGUUUUCUUCAUCUUUAACUAAGGAAGCACCGUCCCGGACAUUUGAGCGAACUAUCUCGAAAUAACUACUUAAAAGUCUCUACUUGACAUCGAAGAUCACGUCUAGGAAAGCAAAUCGCACUGUACUUCUAAUUCGUACGGCGGUGGUGGCGGCAAUGGUGGUUUUCCCGGUAUGGGUCCCGAAAUGAUGAGCUACUAUUUCGGAAGUGAUUACCGCUACAAUGGUGGUGACCAAACCAUUUCCUUCGGGACCGGAGGUGGCGGCGGCAGUGGUGGCGCACGAGGCAAUACGCACUUGACGACUGGGCGGAACAAGAUCGAGAACUUCAAAGACAUCAUCGACAUCAGUUUGGACAAGGAUUGCAAUCCAGUGGUGCUGUUACGCAAUUCUGUAGUUCGGUGUGUUCAAGUCGGAGACGACAGUGCGGAUGAUGUGGUGCAUCGAGGUGGUGCUGCGGCAGCAGCUGGCGCAAAGCAAGCUCCAGCAAAGGCGAAAGCGCGUGCCAAGCAAUUUCGUGCUCAAGUUUUGAGAUUGAUCGGUCAAUGGGAAGGAUACGAACUGCGACCAAAGAGCAUAUUCGUGAAUCAAGACACAAACGACAUCGUUUUGGGUGUAGAUGAUGGGACGCGACCGACUCUGUUGCUGAUGGUCGUGGUAGAUCCGGUGUCGAUUGUUAAGGCUCUUGAUCAUGGUGUUAAAUUUUUUGCUUCCAUCUUAACAGGAAAUGAAAUCGAUACUAGCAACUUUAAAUUAUAGUUCCACGAGGAUCUCUUCUUCUGUUCUCCCCUCUAACUUUCGCUCUCCCCCAGACAGCCAACCCCUACUUCGACCCACAGCUGAGCUGUUCUACGGUCUGGCCGAUGUUCUUCAGCGCUACGACACGUAUUGGCAGGAUCCUAAUCGGGUUAGCAUCCACGAGGACCAUCAUGCUCGUAUCCGAUUAAUCCCAGAGGUCAUUUUCAUGCGAAAAAACCCACUAUUCAAGGGACCCGCGAAGUGUAACAAGGAAGCUCCGGCAGUCCUAUGCUACUACGAAAAGCAUGAAGAUCAGUUUCGCUACACCUUGCACGCAGUGACGCAGUUGCAGUAUGCGAUGUCGUAUAGCGGAAACGGCGAAAUAGAGAUCACGCCGAAUGUAGACCUGGUGAAUGCUUGUUUCUUGGAAGAGGAAGAUGCUGGAAAAGGCGUCAUUUUGGGGAUUUCCUCGGAGAGACAAAUCGUUAGCUACAAAUUCGCGGACGUCUUCGUUUGAUUUGUUUCCGUCUUCGUUUUUUUUUGAAGAAAGCUUGCGCAGUGGCCCUGUCUUGGUGUCCUUUGUGCGUCCUUUGUCAGCGCAAUGUCCGCGUAACACGAAGAUGGCUUCAAAACUCUGAUACAACAGCUCGCUACCAACAUUGAUGACAACUUAUUAGUUUUGAUUUCGCUGCUAUAUUUUGCUGAUUUUGACACCAAGACAUGAUCCCUAUUGUUGGAAGAUCCAUUUUUCAGACUCAAACCUAGCGACCAUGAUACUGAGAAACAUUUACAGUUCCAAGAACGUCUUUUUUGAAAGGAGCGCCACUCCCACAUGAUUUUUUGAGUCGCAAUGAAUUAUGACACAUUAAUUACAGUUACGCCUUGUAGUUGGUUCCUCUUUCUCUACAUCGCUACGGAGAUGCAGUUCGAAUCUUGUGUAUGGAAGGACAGGACGAAGAAAUACUCUUUCAAAUUUUGAAUUUGCAAGGGGAACACCAGCGUUCUUUGCUUGAUGAUCAACCAUGAAUGUCG